UAUAUAGUCAGUUCCUCCGCGGUGUUUAUAGUAUCUAUAAGGACCUGCAAGUUCGCGAGGUUUUGCUAUGGAACUAGAGCAAACCGGGGACAAAGACAAGGAUACAACAGUAAGCAUUGUAGUAGGAGUCUUCUUGCUUUGACCUUUUUCAAGUUCUACUUUCGUCUACGACCACGCUCUUUCACUUUUAUAGUCUAGAUCCUACCCCUCUGGAGUGCCGGCUACCUACCUAACUACUUGAGCAGGAUAGUUCACUCGCUUUCCCAACAUCUUGAUGACGUUAUAAUGAAAGUUAAUACUAUUUACAAGUAAUCAGCCGGACACUAAACCUAGUUUCUAGGGAUUCCGAUGUGCGCG